AUGCUGCCUGACACGAAAAAGUAUUUCUCUGAAAAAUUCUCGAGCCCUGACGACGUUCCGCACAAUAAAUUUUACCAGAAUCAGGGUACGAAGAUCUUGAAAAUGCUGAAAAAGGUGGUACACGAUUGCGACAACGAAGAGGCCUUGAAACACGACGUGCACGAAAUAGUGAAAAUUCACGAAGAGAAAAAGGUGCCCGUGGACGUUGUCAAGAGUGCUAGACCAGUGAUAAUGAAGUUCCUGACGCAGAAAACGGGAAUGACCGAGGAAGAGAGGGCCGCCUGGAAACAACUGAUGACAGAAACGGAGAAGCUCUUGGAAAAGAAAAAGCAUUAA